AAAGACGCAAAGAAUAACACUCCGGCCUCGUCACCCAACGCCAUCACCGUUGGCGCCGUCCGUUGGGAGAAUACCCGGCCUAGCUUCUCGAACUACGGCAAGCUCGUGGAUAUCUGGGCCCCGGGAGAACUCAUCAAGUCAUGCUGGAAGGGUGGCAACAAUGCCACGUCCACGCAGUCGGGCACAUCGGCCGCGAGCCCUCACGUCGCCGGCCUGGUCGCCUACCUCAUGAGCAUCGAGAACCUGCCCUCCCCGUCGGCCGUGACCGCGCGAGUCCUCAAUCUGACCAUCCCCAACCUAGUCAAGGACGCAAAGGACAGCCCCAACCGCGUCGCAUACAACGGCAUCCAGGAGCGCAAGUUCACACUGCCCAAGUACUACUGA